GAAUCUCAUAUAUUUCCAUAGCAAUGUUCUGUAAUAAUUUUGGAAGCUUUACAAAAAUGUCUUGAGGAAGCAGGUAUUUUAGGGUUGGAGGCGUUUCUUUUAUAAUUACCUCUAAACUGUUACAUCGAAGAAAGCUCACUUCGGAAAUGUAAUGGAAAGAUUUAGUUUCGAGGACACAAUGGUUUAGGGGUUCUGUUCUGAGAGAUUUCGCUUAACAUCAUAUUAUCUGCCAAGAACUGUGUGCUUCAAAAAUACGCAGUUGUGUUUUGAAGGCAUUGAGAUGCGUUUGGAAAACGAAUGGAAUGAGCUUCCGUGUUUCUACAAAAUGGGAUUCUUUUUCUCCGGAAAUUCCAAUGUCUUAAUGGGUGUUCUCGUGUAAUUGUCAUUCUGUGAAUGUCUUGGCAGUAUCUUUGUCUAAAAAUAUCGACUUUUUCACUCCUUUCUGUGUGACAAAUAUAUUUAAAGUGCAAAGAUGUAUUGAUUUCUGUAUAGAUUCAUGGCUGACCACUGAUUUCGAUCUUCGAACCCACGAUGGAACAAGAUAAAUCGGAAAAUAACAAUUCUGUUAAAUCACGGGAGUUAAAUUUAGGAGAUGGAUGUUGUUUGAACUGUACUUGUCGAUGCCAUGACAAGGCCCGGAACAAUAAAGUGAGUUUCUGUGAUACUCCUAAUGAAAUAACUUCCGCACCGUCAGCGCCGCCUGGCGAGCUCAGCCCCACGGGGACCAGUGAAACUAUUGUCCUCUCAGAUACACCCCUAGGAAUCUGGCCCGUCAAAAGGUCGGCCAGCUUAGAGAGCAGGGACAAUCCUUUCAAACCAGAUGGUGAAUUGUGCAAAGAAGCAGAAGACAUUUUAAAGCGAGCUACAAUAGUUCGUGAUACGUUCAUUCUGAACGACAACUCGGAGAAGGACACCUCCAAAACGAGCAAAGACAGUUCUAAUGGUGCACAGCCAAUCCUAGAAGAAAGCAUAUCUCAGACUAAAGUGAACGAAUCUCAGUCUUCACCGGUCAGUAUUCAGCCCAAGCAAAAUGGAGUAGAGGAUAAAAAAGUGUCUCCAGAAUCUGUAAAACAGGAGGUGGAAUCUAAUGUUGUUAAUGAUGUUAAUUUCAAAGACAAGAAAAAACAAAAGAAGUGUUGCAGCGUCAUGUAGCAUUUGGAGUGUCUUAGUGUUUAUUUUUUACACCGGGAUUAUAGUGCAAUGAUGUCAUACAACCACUACCGGGUGCAUUCAGGAUUCGUCCAAAAAUUCACUUGUGCAGGUCAUGUUACAGUACUUAUCAUUGGAUGUCGCCCAUGUAACGAAGCAUGUCAUUGGUUAUUGCCAUAUUGAGUACUAAAUUUUUUGCUUCCUGUGUGUGGGGAAUUUGUGAGCAGACGACAUUUUAACGAAUGCAUGGUUGUUGUCAGUUGACAGAUUCAUUCUCCCAGUAUAUGAAAUCCGCUUUAACAAAUAAAGUUUUGUUUGAAUUCCUUAAUAUGUAUCGUUUACACUACACAUGUCGAUAUAUGUGAUCUGUGAGAGGAAAAUGCAAAUGAAAAUCAAAGAAGAGUCAGUUUGAAGUAUAAAUAUUAUUUCAUGAAAGAUAUAUUUUUGUCAUUUGUUAUUUUGAUGUAAUAUAUUUGUGCAAGUUAAUACAUUGCUUCCUGUUGAA